AUGGCUCUUAAAUCAUGGAACCUCACUAUUCCUAACACGUCCCCCGCGUUUUCGUACCACCCUUACUCCGAUGGGUUGAAUACCGCAUAUGGAUUCCAGAUCGCCUUCUCGACGGCGUUCAACACGCAGCCCGGGGAGAUGGGCCAGGGUAGCUCCGCGCACGUGACCAGCCUAAACGGCGCAGGAUUCUUGCUCGACUUCUAUGGAAACGCCGUCUAUGUGCAUGGGUCCUCAAGCGCCUCGUACGAUGUAACACUGGAUGGGACUGCGCCGGUUGCAAUGCCGCCUGACGACACUACUGGCGUGCUAUUCGCCAAAGACAACUUGAUCGAAGAGCAUCAUUCCAUCACUUUCACGACCAGGGUUGCGACCGUGACCGGGCAGCUGUUCAACCUCACAGAUGCUGUCAUCUCGAGCUCCGAUCGUAUUCUCCCAUCUCAACUCGGCUUUGACAGCUCUGAUGCGUUUUUCACCUAUUCCGGGCGCUGGACGACAAACACGGUCACGGGAGUCCCUAACAACACCGAAACGCGGCCAUUCCAGCAAACGACGGACCUGGGGGCCAGUGUCCUGUUCAGCUUCACGAAUGCCUCGGCAUUCGCAGUCCACGGGUCGCUCAAUUUUGGGCACGGACUCUACUCGGUCUCCGUCGACAAUUCAGUGCCUCAACAGAUGAACGGCAGCACGUUCUGGCUGGUGCCCGACACCGUGCUCUUCUUCCAGUCCGGUUUGGACCCGGACCGAUCGCAUUCAGUCAACAUCACAAACCUCAGCGCCAAUGGCAAGUUCACGCUGAGCUCUGUAGUCGUCUACGCAUUAGCUGCCAGUGUGGACUCUCCUCCCUCUUCACCAACAUCGGGCAGUCCGCCCUCUGGGCCGUCAUCUCCGCACAAAACUGCUGCAUUUGCAGCAAUUGCCGGGACCACCGUUGGGGUCGUCGUCCUCCUAUCCGCACUUCUCUGUCUUUUCUACUUGCGGGCCCGCCGGAAGCGCCCAGCCGCUGCUGCUGUUUCGCCGUUUGUUGCCCAAGCGGCGCCGAUUGCCUCUGACCGCAAAGGCGGAAAUCGGACCGCGCCCAACGACCACAGCCCGAGUAGAACCCCGAGCCCCGAUGUGAACCAUCUCCUUGAGCUCAUCGCGCAGCGCAUUGACCGACGGCCAAUGGAAGCUGAUUCGGCUUCACCACCGCGGUAUGAUUACAACCCAUGA